GGCUACCCAUGAGGACUACGUUACCCACAAUCCCCAGCUGCAAACAGGAAGCAGGGUACAGCGCCAUGGCGGGCAAAGCAGCAGCCAUGGUCAGCAGUGCGGUCAGAGACUCCAGCAGCAGUGACGACGAACAACUGAAAAGAUGUCAGGAGGCAACUUGGGAUACGCAAAAUAUUCGGACAGACACUGGCCGUGCGAAACAAUCCAAACGGGUUGUCAUUGCUGCCCAUGAACAUGAUGGUAACGAGCUCCAGGUCACCCAAGGGUUUCAAACUCAUGUUGCCAAGAAGCUAGGACAACUUCUUGACAGUCACUUUUCAGAGAUCCAGACUGAGAUACCAGAUACAAUGCCUGCAAAUGGUGACGAUAAUGAAGAAGGGUUUCGUCUGUUCUCAACAUCAGUCCCAGGACAGCUGGCAGACGAUCCACCUCCUCCUGUACGUCGUCGCCCUAUUCCCAGCUCAAGUGACAGCGACAGUGAGAUGGAAAUGAGGCUGAAGGAGGCAGCGGUUUCUUUCCACGAUCUUUUACCCUCGUCAUCGACAGCCGAACCUCCUUACUCGGAAAAGAUCAAGAAGUGUGACAGAGAAGACAACCUUGUUAAGAAGAAGAAGAAGAAGAGACUAGUUGAAGAUGCAGGUAGCACACAGGUGAACUGUGAUGUAUCUGCUUGUGUUCAAAGCAGCAGGGAGCUUGCAAAAACACAGCAGAAACAACACAAAGACAAACGGAAAAAUAGAAAGCAGCAUAAUGCUUUAACAGAAGAUUUGGAGUAAGACUUUAGUUUCUGUCACUGUUAAGAAUGUGCAUUGUUUGUUUAUCCACAAGCCUCAAACACAGAUGGGUCAGGUUUAUAUCUUUACUCAUCAUCAACAGUAAAAAAAAAUGUCAUUACAAGCCCUUUAAUACUAUUUUGUAUACAUUUCACAAAAACAAUGUUAGAAAUAGGUCUAAAAUGCAUGUCAUGUUGGGUUUACAAGCUCUAAGUCAAAAUACAAUUUGCCAAGGUUACAAAAAAGUAUUUAAAUAUGUUCUGAUGUAAUUUCUUUCAUUCAUUUUCUGUUUGUAUAAAAAAAACAAAUAAUUUCCAACGGUGAUCCUUGUUCAUGUAAUAUCUGUGUCCACUUAUAAACUUUUUAUCUUCUUGUGGCCUCAUCAGAACUUGCUGAAGUGAAGUCAGAGGCCACCAGAAAGGUGGGGUCAAGGGCUGCUGGAACUCUCCUACUGUGCAGUGGAGACCAUUUGUGUUGGAAUGUAGGAGUUAAUGUCUGCUGGUGAAGGCGACAGGAGGUGCGACUGGUGGCUCUCUGGUUGGGAGGCAGGAUAUAUCUCUGGGCUCUGGCUCGAUGCUGGUGAGAAGCAAAGACAUGUAUGGUUUUGUUUUUCAGAACGACUGUAUUCUACAUUGAACAUAGUCCGUAUUUAUUUCAGACAUGUUAAAAACAAAAGAAAAAAAAUUUUAAACGGAAAAUAACAAUACUGUACAGUAAGUGUUGUGCGCAGAUUCCAUAUUUUGAGAUCUAAUUUAGCAUUUAAAACUAUAACUCCUUACCCUCUCCUUGAAUAACUCUGGAGCAUUUCCAGGCAGGGAAUAUUAUUUUGGUUUGAAUGAAAUUGGUGCUUUUUGUAGUUCCACAAUAUUAUUAUAAAUUGUAUCAGUUUUAAAUGGGGCAGCCCGGUAGAAGAGGGGUUAGUGCAUCUGCCUCACAAUACGAAGGUCCUGAUUAGUCCUCGGUUCAAUCCCGGGCUGGGGAUCUUUCUGUGCGGAGUUUGUAUGUUCUCCCUGUGACUGUGUGGGUUCCCUCCGGGUACUCCGGCUUCCUCCCACCUCCGAAAACAUGCACCUGGGGAUAGGCCCCUCCCACCUCCAAAGACAUGCACCUGGGGAUAGGUUGAUUGGCAACACUAAAUGGUCCCUAGUGUGGGAAUUUGAGUCUGAAUGUUGUCUAUCUGUGUUGGCCCUGAGAUGAGGUGGCGACUUGUCCAGGGUGUACCCCGCCUUCCACCCGAUUGUAGCUGAGAUAAGCACCAGCGACCCCAAAAGGACAAGCGGUAGAAAAUGGAUGGAUGGAUGGAUGGAUAGUUUUAAAUGUAAGAAGCAAUUAUUUUUGUUCUCUUUAUCCUGCUUGAGCCUCUCUCUGUUGCACUCGAGUGGAAGGCAGAGUACAUCCUGGAAAAGUCGCCAUCUUAUAGCAAGUCCAACAUGGAUAGACAGAACACCCUGAUUUUCCAAAGUGUAUUUAGUUUGUUUAAUUUCUUUACUCAAGCUUUGUUUAUUUUCUCUCUAAAAAGAUACAACGUUAAGCUCUUAAAGUUCAAAGAUUACCUAGCAAACCUAAACUAGUCUUUUGACGCCCGCCAAGAAUGAGGGCCUCCUUGCUUGUCAAAAAAGAAAAGAUUGGUUGCGAGAAAUUGUUUAUUGUCUUCUGUUUAUUUAUUUCCAACGCAUUCCUGCAGCCUAUCCCAGUUAAGUUGUGGCGAAAGGUGGACUACACCACUCACAGGUGAUCUGCUAUAUGAACAGUUACAGCACUCAGGGCUCAGUUGUUUUUAUAUUGCAUUUAACUGUCUUCAGGUUGUAACCACCCACAUCAGCUUCGUCUCGUGGCCUAGUACGAGCGGAAGAGUCACUUUUUGAAGCAAUUUGAGAGAAUCCACCUCUGCUACAACAGCAAUCAGACCUACCUGGUACAGGUGUUUGGGGCUGCAGGUGCAAAGAAUUGUCCUGCAAUGAAGGGUCUGUCUGUUCCUCAGGAUCUGUAGAUAGAAUCUGAAAAAAAAAGCUAUUUGAGAAAUUCCUGCACAAUAUGAUCCUUCUUUGUGAUGAUUUAGUUUUUUUGAGCGCCUCACCUGUCUGACGGAUGUGAGGCUAGUCAAUGUCCCCAGGCUGUCCGUAAUGACCAUGGCCUGAGACAGCAGACUUGAUGAAGGGUACUGAAGCGAAUCCAUCUUGUUAUACACUAAGGAAGAGCCGGCACAUGAAGUUUCAGUCACCACAAAACUUAAACCAGUGCUUAAUGCUGCGCUCUUACUGUGACUUGGUAGCAAAUAAGAACCGGCACCCAUGUGACUCUGGAGCUGCUGCGGCAUUAGCUGCUGGCCAGGGGCAUGAAGCUGCUGUUGGAAGGAGAUUGGCUGCAGUGUGGUGAACCCGCCUCCCAUGUUGUUGAUGACUGGUACGGUUUGAGGUUGUGCUGAGGCCAGACCUGAUAAUCCAACAUGGUGUUAUUCGUAGCACCAUGCUCCAGUUUGACAGUCAUGUUGAGAUUACCAAUGAGAAGGGAGGAUUCUCCUAAACUCAUGACGCUGGGCAAAGAGGCCAUGAUGAGGCCUUGUGAUGAUGCAGAGGAGGAGGACAUAUUGUGCAGUGAGGUCAGAGUGCUCACAGGGGGCAGUGGUCCUCCACUAGAUUCCUAAACCCAGAUGACAACUUGGUCAUGAUGGCACCCAGUUUGCAGAUUGUUUUUGAGUUUGAAGUAACAUUAUGCCCUUACCAGUUUGGGUUGGUGGCUCUCAAGGAGUGUGUGGCUAGGCUCCAGUUGGACAGGACUCACUCCAAGGCGGCCAACACUUUCACCUCCAGUACCUCUGACUGAAUUCAAGGUGUCACAUGGGAUUUGAUGGCUGUAUUUGACACCUGGGGAAUAGCAGAAGUUGACAUAGAGAGAACUGUGCUGUAGUUUACCAAAGCCACUAAAGAUACAAUUAGUUUUGUCUACGGAUGUUCUCCUUCAUCCAGGUCAUUGUAUUCUCAGGACAUUCAAUUGAUCGCAAUUGGAUCGUUUGGUUUGUCUUAAAAUACAUUUCUCUAACUAGAUCAGACCAAUCUAAGUCUAAGACUAGAACUGACAAAUCUAUGAGCAUGGAUUGAUGAACCCUAUGUUGCUGAGAGGCAAAACAUAUUCAAAGAAAAACCAAACAGUCCAUUUGAGAUCUAACAGAUUCCUCUGAAAACGAUUCCUUUUUGUUACUGCUUUUAUUCCUCCUUUUAACCCUUCUUUGUGGACUUUUUGUCCUUUGUGGAACAUAUAAACUCUGCUUUUGGCUGUAACUUUGGCCAAAUCUUUACUUUCAUAUAUCCACAACACACUGUGGGAAAUUUUUUGCCUAAUGGCUUAGCCAAAGGACCAGAUAGUCCUUGGGGAGUUCAGUGUAUAAAAAUAUUUUGGUUAUAGAUUUUUUUUGUACUUUUUUGCACUAAUGUCCUAAUCCAGAACUAUUUUCCCAUUUGAUCUAAAUAUAUCUGUGUUUUUAUUUUGAAAUAUUUGCAUAACAUGAGUUAUCGUCCAUACAGUAAAUGUUAAAGCACUGAGGUACUGGUGUAAAGAUCAGGCCUAAUUAUGUAUAAUUAAUGAUGAUGCAAUGCUAUAUUAUUAGUAAGGCCAGAUUCCAAACGUUUUAACCAAGUAGAAGCAUUGGGCAAAAAGUCCCGCUUGACUACCAAUGUAAUUUCAAUGUUUAACUGUAUAGUCAUUACACAAUAUAAUCAUGCAUUUUCAAAACGUUCUAAUUAGCUACUUUGUGUCUAUUAAAUUAAGCAGUCCCCCUAGGGGUGAAGGUAAAUGUUUUAAAAUUAUUACUGAGCUCUGGACUUGAAGGAAGGUUGGGGUUGGACGAAGAAACAGAUUGGCCGGUGAAAGGUGUGUCGAGAGCCAGCUUGUGUCGGAAGGCUUCCUCUUUUCGGCGGUUGGCAAACCAGUUGUAGACCCUAACUUCAGUGACCAGGUUGGAGCCCAGGCCUGCAAGCUGGGAGGGGGACACUCCCCUCUGCAGACACUCUGCCCUGGGAAAGGAAGAAGCACAGUGAUUGUCUUUUUAGUCGGGGGAAAUGUUUGGUCUUGAAAAGAGCCCCAUAGUUGGUGACUGUCUGAAUGAGUACAGACCGAGUCCUGGUUGGUAUUUCACCGACUUCUUGUGUGUAAUCCCCCUGGUAAACUAACCAUGAACACAGUUGAUUGGGGAGCGCAGGGAAGUUCCGAUGAUUGAUUUAUGCUCCCAAGUUCCAUAUUGAUCAUCCAUGAGUGAGCUCGACCAAUAUUGAUACCAAUCACAUGUAUCAACUGUAAAUGUUUCACUUUACUUCUACUGUAUAUGUUCAACCUAAUCCUCCAGCAACGAUGCUACUUCUUUAUUUUAGAGGAGCGGCAUAAAUAGUUUCAGCCAAAGGGGAUCAGCAUUUGUGAUCGGCAUUAAUCAGCAAUGGCAAUCACAUACUUUUUCACGAAAUAUGGCUAAUACUGAUCGGUUGCCAAUCCAUCGACCCAUACCUAGUAAAUAUAGAUUGUGAGUUAAAACCCCAGCCAAGUCAUACCAAAGACUAUAAAAAUGGGAGCCAUUACCUCCCUGCUUGGCACUCAGCAUCAAUGCUUGGAAUUGGGGGUUAAAUCACUAAAAAUGAUUCCCGGGCGCGGCACCGCUGCUGUCCACUGCUCCCCUUACCCCCAGGUGGUGAUCAAGGGGAUGGGUCAAAUGCAGAGGACAAAUUUCCCCACACCUAGUGUGUGUGUGACAAUCAUUGGUACUUUAACUUUUUAUGUGACGUUUGCAAACGAGUCAAGUCUUUUGAACAACUCUUUUACAUAAUCCCUGAGAGCCAUUUCGCAGUUUCAAGCUGUCUUUUGGUGAGCCAUUUCGUAUCCAAAUUUCCCAGGCCUGUGCAUGUCACCUCACUGCACGAGCUAAAGCAAUUAUUCGGAAUUAAUUCAUUCACUUUUCUGGUUCCAGUUGUCCCUCGCCACACCACGCUUGCUACUUUUGUACUGUGAAAUAUCAAGAUUUCUUCUUUUUUUUUUUACAACACAGAGAACAUAUUGGUAAACUAUAUAGAUUUGAAUUAUUCUAAUCCAAAUCUUAUUUUGUAACUCCUGCCAGUGAUUGUUUCCUGGAUGAAAACAAAUGUAGCAAGGAGACGGUCUUUUCAACAGCUCUUUGAAAGAAACUGUUCGUCAAGAUUUGCCUUCUAAGAGUCCUAAAUCCCAUGUCCAGUACAUUGCAAAAACAACCAUACCCAGCAGAAAAUAAUAUAAUUCUGCAUGGAAAGAUGAAUUUGCCUCUAAAAUUUAAAAACACAUUAUACAUUUACAAGCUGUGUUGUUUUGGGACUACAGACUUUUUGGUUUAGAAGAAGGGAGAGCAAAAUAGCUUUUAUUUUAAAAAUGUCCCUGCUCUAAAACUUGAGCAUUUUGUAGCUAAAAUUAUUACUCACAGUGUCAGACACAUUGGAACCAAAAUAUUGGUUAUUAGUAUUAUUAUUAUUAUUAUUAUUAUUAUUAUUAGGGAUGUGAAGAUGAACUGACAACUGUUUUUCAUCGUACCAUAGACAUGAGAUUACAAAUGCGUGGGUGGAGCAGCUUUGAAGCGCUGAGAUUUAGGGAGAAAAUACAAGGUGCAUCGGAUCUUGUAUUGAUUAAAUUCAAUGUUGAUAUUUUAACAGAAAAUAUAACAGAUUGUGCAGUUUCCAUGUAGUCAAUACGGCAGGAAUUGUGGGUCCGCCCUUAAACAUAACAACAACAAGGCAAUUAUCGCUGUUUCGAUACACAUUCACCUUCACUCUUUGGAUUUUUGGGGCAUCUUGAUAAAACUAACGCUUUUUGCAAAAUGUGCCACAACGCUGACAAAUACACUGUCAAAUUUGCUUCUGAGUUGGUUAAAGUUGGCACUAGAUUAUAAAUCAUGCCUCACACUUGUAUAGCACAAGGUUGUGGCCGUACACCAGGAAGUUGGUAAACUCUAAAAUUCAAUUUGGACCUGAAGACAUUCCAAGGAAAAUGCGACAAUAUGCUUGUUAUCUUCCACCCUAUUUUUUGUGAGCAUUAUAAUUAAUUCAUCAUCUAAACAAGCAACACAAGUCUCGUGCUGAAAGAUAAAAACAUCCCACUGAGAGCAGACAUUUUACGGUAAGUGAUUGUUUUGUUAUGUUCGGAGUUUGUAUUUCUUGUUUAGCACUUGUGAAUACUGCUAAGGCUUAUCACCCAGUUUACAAAAGAUGUGACUCAUCUUCUGCAUAUUUAGGCUGAAAAAGAUAAGAUUCUGGAUCAUCAUUUGUCCCGAAGUAGUUGUCGUUGACUUGCUGAAAAGUCUGCCAUGAUUAGUGGUAGUUGUUGUUUAAGGAAAUAGCAAAUGUUGUGAUGUGCUCUGUGAAAUCAAUGGGCUGUCGUAAUGCUUAAAACGGCCAAAAUAUGUAUGUAUUAAAUGUCAAAAUGAAUGUGCUUGUUGAUACAAUAUAUGCCCAAAGUGUGUCUAUAAAACAAUU